AUGCGUGGACUGUCACUGAUUUCGAAAGGGCAGGGCAAAUUCGGUCAAGUGUACCUGGCCAGGGAGAAGAAGUCCGGCUUCGUGGUGGCCCUCAAGGUGCUCUCCAAGCGUAAGAUCAAACUGUCCGACAACAAGAAGCAAGUGCGAAGAGAGAUUGAGAUCCAAUCUCACUUACGGCUCUAUGGGUUCUUCGUCGAUGCCGGGUUCGUGUACCUCGUCCUUGAGUUCGCCCGCGAUGGCGAGCUGUACAAGUACCUCAAGAAGCAACCCGAACAACGACUCAGCGAAGCCAAGUCGGCAAAGUACCUGUUGCAGCUGGUCUCCGCCCUGCAGUACUGCCACAGCAAGGGCGUGAUUCACCGCGACCUGAAACUGGAGAAUAUACUCCUGAGCGCCGACGAUCAGGUCAAGCUGGCGGAUUGGGGCUCGAGCGUGCACGCCCGGGGCCACCGCAGGCGCACCAUGUGCGGCACGCUGGACUACCUUGCGCCCGAGGUCGUUUCAGGCCAGAGGCACGACCAGGCCGUCGACAGGUGGGCUCUCGGCGUGAUCCUCUACGAGCUCCUUGUCGGCCGUCCGCCCUUCGAGGCGCCGGAGGAGCUAGCCACUGUCGAGCUGAUCAAAGAGUGCAGCCACUCGCUUCAGUUCCCCGAGCACGUUGGACCCGAGGCGCGCGACCUCAUCGCGCGGCUGCUGCGGCGCGACCCUGCCGAACGAAUCGCGCUGGCCGACAUUCCUGCCCACCCGUUCUUCCAAACCCCGCUUUCGAAAGCCAAUCCAACUGGCGUGGCCGAGGAGAGCUGA